UAACGAAAGCGGCUUCAGGAAUUGUAGGACGCUGAGAAUAAAUAUCAAGUCAUCUUCCCAUUUUCUUCCUUUCCUUUCCUUUCCCUUCUUCUUUUCUUUUCAUUUCAUCCCAUCAACAACUCAAAUCCUCUCACAAACUUCUCUCUACUUCUAAUAAAUAAAUCAACUUCAAAAAUAAAUCAUCUGAAGCCUCAAUCAAUCAAUUCCUCCUCUUCAUACACACCACACACAAAAUCACUCAUCAUGCCUAUCUCCAUCCCAAAAGCCGAAUCUCUCAAAGAUCUCUUUUCCUUAAAGGGAAAGGUGGUCAUCAUCACAGGUGCUUCCGGUCCUAAGGGAAUGGGUAUCGAAGCUGCACGAGGAUGCGCUGAGAUGGGAGCCGAUGUAGCUAUCACAUAUGCGUCCCGUCCCGAAGGAGGCGAGAAGAACGCCAAGGAAUUGGCAGAGACAUAUGGUGUAAAGGCCAAGGCAUACAAGUUGGACAUUGGUGAUUAUGCCAGUGUUGAGAAGCUGGUUGCCGAUGUGGUGAAGGAGUUUGGAAAGGUGGAUGCUUUUAUUGCAAAUGCUGGUAGAACUGCUGAUAGUGGUAUUCUUGAUGGAACCGUUGAGGCUUGUAAGUCUUUCUGAUGGAAUUUUAUUAUCAUGAACGUCGCUAAUUUGAUUCUAGGGAAUGAGGUUAUUCAAACUGAUCUUAAUGGAACUUUCCAUUGCGCAAAGGCUGUUGGCCAUCACUUCAAGGAGCGUGGAACUGGUUCUUUCGUCAUCACUGCCUCAAUGUCUGGUCACAUUGCCAAUUUCCCACAAGAACAAACUUCAUACAAUGUUGCCAAGGCAGGAUGUAUUCACAUGGCUCGUUCUCUUGCCAACGAAUGGCGCGAUUUCGCCCGUGUCAACUCCAUCUCUCCUGGUUACAUUGACACCGGUCUCUCCGACUUUGUCGACCAAAAGACUCAAGCUUUGUGGAAAUCCAUGAUCCCAAUGGGUCGUGAUGGUGAAGCUAAGGAGUUGAAGGGUGCUUAUGUCUACUUGGUAUCUGAUGCUUCAACAUAUACCACCGGAGCUGACAUUGUCAUUGAUGGUGGUUACUGCUGCAGAUAAUUGUAUUAUAUAUAUUUUCAUGACAUGAUUGGAUGAAGGAACGGACGGGACUGGAGUUUGCCACAAAUAAUGGCUGAUAUUUUAGCGAUAAUCAAUUGAAAUGAAAAGUAAUUUUUCUUGACAAUUUUCU